CGUAAGAAAUAAGCGGCAUUGCAUACCAGUACUACCAAAUGGUCCAACUCAAUAGUAUUGGUAGCAGCAACAACAACAAUAACUAUAUAUUUCAAGCACGCUGCAUUUGUAAGGCUUGCUUUAAACAGCGCAUAACAUGACCCACAAUAAUCAACUGGUUUACAUUUCACUGUGGCUCUUGUUAACUGUAUUUCGUCCCCUCGUCGGCGCCACCUUUGAGGAUGGCAACAACAACAAUGUCAAAAUAACCAAACAAAGUCUGGAACUCACACAGACAAUCAAUAUGCAGCGCCAGGAGUAUAUGCAGCGACAAUGUGAGCUCUUGGAAAACAACACCCAAACGCUAGACGAUCUAACUGAGCUCCAAAUGGAUCACAUGAUUGUGGAUCGGGAGCACAAGCUGCUUUAUUGCUAUGUGCCCAAGGUUGCUUGCACCAACUGGAAACGUGUGCUUAUGCUGCUCACCGGAAAAUGGCAGAAUGGCACAGAUCCCCUACAAAUUCCAGGGUCGCUGGCACAUUCGGUGGGAUUGUUUACAAAAUUGUACGAUCUGACCGAUGAGGAACGUGCUCAGGUGCUGGGUGAGGACUAUACGCGGUUCAUAUUGGUGCGACAUCCUUUCGAGCGUCUGCUCUCAGCAUAUCGGAACAAACUAGAGGGGGAUUCGCCCAGUGCGCGGUACUUUCAGUCCCGUGUGGGUCGUCAGAUAGUGCGGGAAUUGCGUCCGGGCGCAACGAACGAGUCGUUGGAGCUGGGCGAUGAUGUGCAGUUCGGGGAAUUUGUACAAUAUUUGCUUACGCCGGAACUAAGUCGCAGCAACCAGUCGGCCUAUAAUGAGCACUGGGAGGUUAUAGCCAAUCUCUGCAAUCCCUGCGUCAUGAAGUACAAUGUUGUGGGCAAAUACGAAACACUACUGGAUGAUUCUGCCUUAGCUCUAUACUUGGCAGGCGGCAAGAACCUUACAUUUCCCACGGGUCACAAACCCUCCAGCACGCGCGCCAAUUUGCGCAAAUAUUUUGAUCCAUUACCAAUCGGCGCGAUACGUCGUCUAUAUGAGAUAUACGAGGAGGACUUUCGACUGUUCGAUUACGGUCUCGAUGACGUUUUAGGCUUUGAAUUUGGUUGAAUCGAGAAGGCCAACUGUGAAUGCACUUCUAUUUCCAUGUCAUCAUUGCAAACUCUAUGAAAAUGCUUUCCACACUGGGAAACUGUGAUCUUAGUCUUAGUUUUUGUAUGCCCUAGUUUGUAUCAUUAUCUUUGAUAGUAUAAAUGGUUAUAUGUGUAAGAAACGUU